UUGCUGACUCAGCAAACAAACACGUGGAUAUUUAUAGAUGACUAAGUGUUUUACAGAGUUCAAUCUAUGCUUAUAGGUAUCUAGCCAUGAAAUGCCACUAUGAGGUGCUAGGAGUUGACAGGAGUGCCUCUGAUGGAGACAUUAAACGAGCCUACCGUAGACUGGCGCUCAAGCUCCACCCUGACAAGAACCAGGACAAUGUGGAUGAGUGUACCCGACUGUUCACUGCAGUCCAGCAGGCUUAUGAGGUGCUCAGUGACCCACAGGAGAGAGCCUGGUACGACAAGCACAGAGAAGACAUACUUCGUGGAGCUGGGUCUGACUUCAAGGAUGAUAGCUUCAAUCUCAUGCCUUUCUUCUCAACAACCUGUUUCAGUGGCUACAAUGAUGACAAGAAGGGCUUCUAUGCAGUGUAUAUAGACGUGUUCUAUCGAGUGGGGGAAGAGGAGGUUCCUUAUAUGGACGAAGACGAUGAGCCACUCCCAUCUUUUGGGGACUCAACCAGUGACUAUGAAAGUGUGGUUCACAGCUUCUACAGCUACUGGCAGAGUUUCACCACUCACAAGUCAUAUGCGUGGGAGGAUAUGCAUGACCUGCGUGAUGCACCCAACAGACGAGUGCAACGACUCAUGGAGAAAGAAAACAAGAAAUUGAGGGAGGCAGCCAAGAGGAAAACCAACGAAACCGUCCGGGCUCUGGUGGCAUUUGUAAGGAAGAGAGAUAAAAGAGUACAAGCUUAUAAGCAGUUAGUGUUGGAAGAGCGAGAAAUGGUGAGGCAGCAGAAAGUGGCUGAGAAGAGAGCAAAGGACAGAGAGAAAAGACUGAAACUACAAGAGGAGUACCAGCGUGACCCAACCCACUCUGAGGCUGCAGCUCUGUUUGAGGAAGAACUUCAGUCAAUGGCCACUCAACUGGACCAGGAGUUUGGGAAGGACUCAGACAGUAGUGGUGAGGAGUCUAUUGACGAGGAUCUGUUCUGUCCGGCAUGCAACAAAAUGUUCAGGACUGACAAAUCGUUUGCUAAUCACCAACGCUCCAAGAAGCAUAGAGAAAACGCUGCUCUGUUACGGAAACUUCUUCAAGAAGAGGAUGCUGAUUUGCAGGCCCAACAGUCGCAUGACAAUUGCGCUCAAAGUGUUGAGGACAAGCUAGAAGAAUUGAGUUUACAAACGUCAAGCACGCUUACCUUGGAUUCCACAAAAGAGGAAGUAUUGCCAAACUUAAGCAUAAACAAUGAAAUUGUUAGUGAGAGUGCUGGAGUGGGUGUGACCAGUACUGAAGUAGGUGGAGUUAGUAGUUCGGACACUGAUGAGGAUGUACCACUGGAACUCUUAAGGAAUAAGAAGUCUCAUGCGAGUCGAGUUGAUACAGUUGAGGUUACCUUCCCUGAGGCAGUUGAACGCUCAUCACCCCCAUCCCCCACUGAUGUACUCACACACAUACACCAUCACGCAGAGAUAACGAUGUACAUGUACCUUACAAGGCUAAGAAGAAAGGGAAAGGGAAAGGGAAGAAGAAAGCAUCUGGUGCAGCAGACCUGAAAGCUUCACAGUCUCAGCUCAACUACUGUAAUGUUUGUAAGAGUGACUUCCCCUCAAGAAACAAACUGUUUCAGCAUAUCAAGGACACAGGGCAUGCUAUACAUGUGAACAGUGACCAGCCAAAACUAAAGACCUCUAAAAACUCUCGUAGGAAAAAAUAGCCCGUAAACUCAUCUUGCUGUAUUUUUGUGCCACCAUUAAAUUAUUAUUUGUGCUGUUUUUAA